UCUGACGGUUAGGCCUUCUUUUGGCUUUUGCACGUUGAUGACCACUGACCGAAGUCUCGAGCUCCAGUAGCUCCAGGUCCAAGGACGAUUCAACCAUGGCGGUCAAAUCGGCGAGGCGGGUGAAUCCCUCGCAGAAGCGGAGUUCUAAGGCUUCAAAUAUCAAGCUAUUCAAAAACCCUAAGGUAGCUUUCGCUUUCGCUUUGCUCCUCUGCGAUGCGGUCCUCGUCGCCCUCAUCAUUGCAUAUGUCCCUUAUACGAAGAUAGAUUGGGACGCUUACAUGUCACAAGUUAGUGGGUUUCUUGAUGGAGAAAGAGAUUACAGUAACUUAAAAGGCGACACAGGGCCACUGGUCUAUCCUGCUGGUUUCCUAUACUUUUAUUCUGCUAUUCAGUAUGUUACAGGAGGCGAAGUUUAUCCAGCUCAGAUUUUGUUCGGGGUUUUGUACAUUAUAAACUUGGGAAUCCUAUUAUUCAUCUAUGGGAAGACAGAUGUGGUUCCGUGGUGGGCUAUGAGCUUGCUUUGCUUAUCAAAAAGAAUGCAUUCUAUUUUUGUGCUCCGUCUUUUUAAUGACUGUUUGGCCGUGAUGCUCCUGCAUGCUUCGUUGGUCUCACUUCUUCACCAAAGGUGGCAUCUAGGGCUGAUCAUUUUCAGUGGAGCUGUUUCGGUUAAGAUGAAUGUGCUCCUCUAUGCUCCACCUCUACUACUCCUUAUGUUUAAGGCUAUGAAUAUAGGUGGAGUGAUAUCAGCUUUAUCUGGUGCAGCACUGGUCCAGAUACUUUUGGGAAUACCUUUCAUCAUGUCUCAUCCAUUUGCAUACAUCUCAAGAGCGUUUAAUCUUGGGCGUGUCUUUAUCCACUUCUGGUCUGUCAAUUUCAAGUUCGUUCCUGAGGCAAUAUUUGUUUCGAAGGCAUUUGCAAUCUCUUUGCUGAUUGCGCACCUUGGUUUACUUACAGCUUUUGCUCAUUAUAGAUGGUGCAUGCAUGAAGGUGGACUUUUCAAAUUUUUGUACUCUAGACUUGAUCCUAUAAAACUCAAACUUGCUCUUACAAGUUCAUUCUCUUUGAAGAAGUCCUACAAUAGCCAUUCAUCCAUCAAGGUUCUUAGAAAAGAAUAUAUUGUGACAACGAUGUUUGUCGGGAAUUUCAUCGGCAUCCUAUGUGCUCGAUCAUUGCAUUAUCAGUUCUACUCUUGGUAUUUCCAUAGCUUACCUUAUCUGUUGUGGAAAACACCUUUUCCUACAUUACUACGUGUAAUGUUGUUUAUCGGGGUUGAGUUCUGCUGGAAUGUGUAUCCUUCAAGCCUUUACUCAUCGGCAUUGCUUCUUUGCCUCCACUUAGUAAUACUGGUUGGUCUAUGGUCUGCCCCACCUGAAUAUCCUUAUGUGGACAACAAAGCAUUGAUUGAAGACAAAGGCAAAUGAUGCUGUAUUCAGAAACAGCGCUUAUACAGACGAUGAUAGUCUAGCUUCUUUUUCUUCUGUUGUUUUAACUUGGCACUCUACAAAAGCAUAGGGUUUUGUUUCUUUUCUUGCAAUUGUUGUUCCAUUAUUGUGUAUCAGUUCGUUAUCGUUUGUCAUAGUGGCUAGGCCAUACAACUAUACAAUUGGAGUAGUCUUCUUUCCCUAAAUCUACACUGGGUCAGAAAUCUACACGUCGCAAUCAUUCUGAGU